AUGACAAGAAGGUAUGGAUUUAUGAGGAGGGCAUGUGCUUCGUCUACAAAUCUGGACCAAAAAGCUCUAGUGUUAAGGGAAAAUAACAGAAUCCUGAGAAAAUCCAUAUCAGAUAUUUCACUCCACUUAGAAGCAAUUUCAAUACAAGAAAGUGAAGAAUAUUCAUCAAAAAUAGUACCAAUAGAAAAUAUAAAAUGUGAUUGUUGUGGAAUAAAUGAGGAAUGCUCAUAUAAUUACAUAAAACAAGUGAAAGAAAUCCAUUUGGGUAGAUGGGUUUGUGGGCUUUGUUCAGAAGCUGUUAAAGAAAGAUUAACACACUCAAAAUCCUCCAAAAUGGUAUUAAUGCAAGAUGCUUUAUGUUUGCACAAGGAUUUUUGUGAUGAAUUUAGUAAAACUACAAGGAUGAAUCCUAAGCUUUCUCUUACUUGUGCUUUGAAAGGGAUUGCCAAACGGAGCUCUCAACAUCGAAUAUUAUCUAAGGAUGAUAAAAAGCUUGGUCGAAGUACUAGUUGUGUUCCUUGGAUUGAUGUUCAAUUUGGGGAUAAAUGCACCUAA